AUGCCAAAGGAGGAAACAAAAACGAGUGGUGCCACUACCAGCAAGACAGCCGGUGGAGUUGGGGCUUCCAAGAAACGAUCUCGAGGCAGCAGCGAAGAUUCCAGUUCCGAUGGUGAAUCUGAUGAAGACACUGGAAAUGGAGGACUCGGUUCCGUUGGUCAAGAUGGCAUCGCUGUGAACUCGGAUAACCCAGGCCCCCUCGUACCUGAGCAGUCUGGUGGUCAACCUACGCAGCUUCCCCCCGUUAUACAGGUACGGCUUGUUGAAUCAUCAGAACCAGACAACCCCGACCUCGACGCAGCAGGCAGUACUACCUUUCGCCCGCGACCUGCCCAGAACUCCGCGCUGCACUCUCCAUUCUUCCAGAAGACCGAAAUCACUGCCAUGCCUACCGGUCAUUACCACAAGAACAAUGUCUUGUGGCUCUUGCAUUCGACGUACUGGUACAAAGCCGAGGCCAUGUUUGUCGAGGCCUGUCAUAUGUUCUAUACGGCCGUUCGUGAAGCCCAGGAACUCGGAUUCGAUACGGAACUAGAUGUAAACAACGUGCCCAACUUUGAACUCGAAAUACGGCGGAGAGCUUGGUGCGUAAUCGACUCCUGGGACUGGCAGAUAGCUUCCGGAUUGGCUCGAGAUACACUGGUCGAUCAUAGCAAAUGUAAUGCGAAACGCCCAUCAUUGACGUUGGAAACGGACGGCGAAUUCUCUCCUUUGAUGCAUAUGAAGAUGCAGUCGGACCUGGUACAUAAAUUAGCUGGCCGCUUCCCUUGCCCGGCCCAAAUCAAAACACGCGGCGAUGUCAUGGAAUACAAAGGCAUGAUUGACGAGUGGAUGCGGAAUUUCCCUCCCAUCUUUGCAUUGACAAACCCGGACACGUCAAAUGACAAGAAGCAGGCCUGGAUCGAGUAUCACCGCCAUUACAACUACACCAUGGGAUACAUGAUGGUUCUUAACCCGUUUCGGCCGCACAUGGCGCUGCCAUACACCGACGAGUCUUCUGCGGAGGAGCUAGAGCUUCGUAGGAUUGCGGUUGAUUUGACCUUGCUGUUAGUUCAAGUCUUGGACAACUGGCUAAAAUUCCUCACCUUUCGGGACGGGCGAUUUCAUUUCAUCAUCUUUUCUCUCGUUGAUGCCGCAACUGUGAUGAGCAACAUGGUGCUCAACGACAAAGCCCAGACGCUUCCUCGCCGAGAUGAUGUUUACCGCGCCAUCAAGACUACCCUGGUGCUCCAGAGGAAGCUCUACUUCUUGUCAGACUCUGCCAAGCUGGGGUUCAGAAUGGUUCAGAGAAUCGUCAGGCACCUAUUUCGCUCAAUGCCUACAGAAUACUUGAGCUCGCUGGAGAAUGGUGGUCACGACGAUACAAAUAGCGACAACACGCGACCGGUCCCAUCAGCCGCACCAGAUCAAGCCUCGGGUGGUGCGCUGAUGAAUAUUCAAUACAUUGAUCCUGAAGCUCCCUUGGGCCCUAGCUUGUGGGAUCUACUAGCCGCUGAGAUCCCGGUCUCGGCGUCUGAUGCUGGAACUGGAUCACAACUUGUUCCGUAUUCUGAAUAUGGGGUACCUAGUUACAAUGGUGGUGCGACCGUGGUAUUUGACGGACAUAUCGGCAACAUGAAUUCACACAUGAUGCCUAAAGACCAGGCAAACACGUCUUGCCAAAAUAUUUCAGCUAUACCCGCGACAUUUCCUCUUGCUGAACCCACAGUAUUCACUAUUAAUGCGGAACCUGCACCCAUGGAUUACCCAUCAUCGGCAUCUCUAACUUCAGUGUCAUCUGCAUCUCCAAGCUAUGUUACAGCAUUGACUCCAGAAAGCGUUGCAAGUGCAGCCGCUCCUAUUGAAUCUGCGUCUCCCAGGCACGCUUCUACUUCAUCGCCAGGCUACAUUUCCGCCGUAUCUCCAAAUGUUGUUGCGGCCCCGUCUUCAGGCCACAUUACAUCUGCGGCUUCGAACUAUAUUGCGACGACACCCGCUUACUUUGGGCCUGUCCCGGCUGGUCAAGUCUCAAAUGCGCCGCUGAGCAAUUUUGCUGAUGCUUCUUUACCGUUGAAUCACAUGGCUAGUGUGCCUCUGAACGAUGUCCUGGACUAUUCUACAGUCUAUGCUGCGGGCGCAUCUCUGACCUAUAAUGCAGCCAUGCCAACUUAUGUUGACCCCUUAUUUCUUUCGACACUUAGUCCAUCUGAAUCUUCCGAGUUCAUUCCGGAUGCCUCUGCAUCCAAUAUAGAGCCUUUCACCGGACUAACGCCCUCAUCUUUUUCUCAAAUCGUUCCGAAUACUACGACUCACGACACUUCCACGCCACAUCUUUUUUGGCCAGGUUAUCAUAAUGCAGCACUGUAUACCACACCCAAUUCUCAUGAACCUUUAUUAGGGUAUGGCAUUGCCGCGCCAUUUAAUGCUCCCUCGACUUAUGCAACUCCCGCCACAUAUCGCUCUCCGGAAAGCCGCGAGAGCACUGAACAAAGCUUGACUCUUCCGGCGGGAUAUGGCACGCCUUCCUCUGUGCUUUUUCCUACGGCUAAUAGCCCUUCUAAUACUUACACGUCACCCUCGGAGGGCUAUGCGUCUCCGGAGAAUCGUGGUGCACCAGUGGAUUAUACUAGUCCAACACCCGCUCGAACUGCUUUACUUUGCGCUGAUGGGGAUUAUAAUGCCCAUACAGUUUCCACGCUGUAUGAGACUCCGGAGUCUUAUCACACUGCGCCAGCUUAUGCCACGCCUGUGGAUGACUCUGGAUCUGAUCACCAGGCCGACAGCAACAGCUCAAUACAGCAUGGGGUGGCUGCAGCCUCUCCGGGCCGCCAAAAGGCCCCCCCGCCACUCACUGACGCUGCGACCGACCCCGCCAUUCAAGCUGGAGGGGCUCUCGAGGUCCAGGAGCUCCUCGGGCUGGUGUGUCGCCUGCCGUGCUUCUGCUUCUGCUUCCUCUCCUCAUUCUUAUACACCGUCACCGCCUUCUCUUCGCAAGAGGCCACUUUCUUCUUCUCUUGCAUUCUCCAGCUCUUCUUCAUUCUCCUCUCUUUCUUCUUCUUCUUCUUCUUCUUCUUCUUCUUCUUCUCACUCCUCCAUUUCCCCUCCAUCAGCAUCCGCAUCAUCCGCAUCAUCCUCACUCUUCUCCUCUCCUCUCUCACUAUCACUAUCAUCGUCGUCGUCGUCGUCGCCGUUCCCGCGCCUUCGUCUUGCUCGACAGCUGGUCUCGAGGGCUCGGCCUCGGCCGCCGUCCAGGGCCGCGAGCUGCUGCCCGCCAACGUGAUCCCUCGUCAUUACCACCUGACGGUCGAGCCCGACUUUGAGAAGCUGACGUACAACGGCUCUGUCGUCAUCGAUCUUGACGUUGCCGAGACCUCCAACUCCAUCUCCCUCCACACUCUCGAGCUGGAUAUCCAUGGCGCAAAGCUCUCCUCUGGUGGCCAGGCCGUUAGUGCCACGCCUGCCGUCACCUACGAUGAAGCUACCCAAGUGACCAAGUUCGACCUUGGCGGCUCCCACACCCUCGAAAAGGGCACCAAGGUGCAGCUGCAAAUCGACUUCACCGGCCAGCUCAACGACAAGAUGGCGGGCUUCUACCGCUCUACAUACAAGAGGCCAGAUGGUACUGAGGGUAUCUUGGCCAGCACCCAGAUGGAGCCCACCGACGCCCGCAGAGCAUUCCCCUGCUUUGACGAGCCGGCGCUCAAGGCCAAGUUCACCGUCACGCUCGUUGCCGACAAGAACUUGACGUGCUUGAGCAACAUGGACGUUGCCUCUGAAACUGAAGUUCAGUCCAAGAUUUCCAAGGGAACCAAAAAGGCUGUCCACUUUAACCCCUCGCCUCUCAUGUCCACCUACCUCGUCGCCUUUGUCGUCGGCGAGCUCAACUACAUUGAGUCGCGGGACUUCCGAGUCCCCGUCCGAGUUUAUGCUCCUCCCGGCCAGGACAUUGAACACGGACGCUUCUCCGUUGACCUGGCCGCCAAAACUCUUGCGUUUUACGAAAAGGCCUUUGGUGUCGACUUCCCCCUCCCCAAGAUGGAUCAAGUCGCCAUUCCCGACUUUGCUCAGGGAGCCAUGGAGAACUGGGGUCUGGUCACUUAUCGAGUUGUCGAUUUGAUGCUGGACGAGAAGGCGAGCGGCGCCGCCACCAAGCAGCGCGUGGCCGAGGUUGUCCAGCAUGAGCUGGCACACCAGUGGUUCGGUAACUUGGUUACCAUGGACUGGUGGGAGGGCCUCUGGCUCAAUGAAGGAUUCGCCACCUGGGCUUCGUGGUAUUCCUGCAACAUCUUUUAUCCCGAGUGGCGCGUUUGGCAAACAUACGUCACGGAUGAUUUGCAGUCUGCUCUGUCGCUCGACUCCCUCCGAAGCAGUCACCCGAUCGAGGUGCCCGUCAAGCGUGCUGACGAGAUCAACCAAAUUUUCGAUGCCAUCUCCUACUCCAAGGGAUCCUGUGUGCUCCGCAUGAUCUCCACAUACCUUGGAGAGGACAAGUUCUUGGAGGGUGUCCGCAAGUACUUGAACAAGUACGCCUAUGGAAACACCCAGACUAGCGACCUUUGGGACUCGUUGGCCGAGGUUAGCGGCAAGCCUGUCCACGAGGUCAUGACUGCUUGGACCAAGAAGGUCGGAUACCCAGUCCUCACUGUCACCGAGAAGGAAGGCGAGAGCUCUAUCCACGUGAAGCAGAACCGCUUCCUCCGUACCGGUGACGUGAAGCCCGAGGAAGACACCACCCUGUACCCCGUCUUCUUGGGCCUCAAGACCAAGGAUGGUGUUGAUGAGACCAUUGCUUUGAAGGAGCGAGAGCAAGAAUUCAAACUGCCCAGUACCGACUUCUUCAAGCUCAAUGCCAACCACACUGGAAUCUACCGAACUCUCUACUCGCCUAGCCGCUUGGAGAAGCUGGGCAGGGCCGCAAAGGAAGGUCUUUUGUCCACGGAGGAUAGGACCGGCAUGAUUGCAGAUGCUGCCGCUCUCUCCAGCUCCGGCUACGGAAAGACGUCUGGCGUCCUUAACCUCCUCAAGGGAUUUGACGCGGAGACGGAGUUUGUCGUGUGGAACGAGAUCAUCUCUCGAAUUGGAUCGAUCCAAGCUGCCUGGCUAUUUGAAGACCAAGCCGUUCGGGACGGUGUCCGAGCAUUCUUGAGAGAAAUUGUCAGCUCAAAGGCCCAUGAGCUUGGAUGGGAGUUUUCCGACUCGGACGGCCAUGUUGAGCAGCAGUUCAAGGCUACACUCUUUGGCAGCGCUGGCUUGAGCGGCGACGAGAAAAUCAUUUCAGCCUCCAAGGAAAUGUUUGCCAAGUUCAUUGCUGGCGACAAGUCGGCGAUUCACCCCAAUAUUCGCAAGAGCGUUUUUGCAAUUGCUCUCAAGUUUGGCGGCAAGGAAGAAUAUGACAAGAUCAUUGAGCUGUACCAUGCUUCGACCAACAGCGAUGAGCGCAACACCUGUCUGCGGUCUCUGGGCCGAGCCAAGGACCCCGAGCUUAUCAAGAGGACCCUGGCCCUGUUGUUGAACGGCGAGGUCAAGGACCAAGACAUUUACAUGCCUGCUUCGGGCCUGCGCACCCAUCCGGAGGGUAUCGAAGCCCUGUUUACUUGGAUGACGGAGAACUGGGAGGAGCUCUACAAGCGACACCCACCCACCCUGCCCAUGCUCAGCUCCAUGGUGUCGCUGUUGACAUCUGGCUUCACCACGUCAGAGCAGCUGGCCCGCGUCGAGAAGUUCUUUAGCGGCAAGAACAACAACGGCUACGACCAGUCGCUUGCACAGAGCAAGGACGCCAUCCGAUCCAAGAUUUCCUGGUUGGAGCGAGACCGCCAGGACGUGGCAGACUGGGUCAAGACCAAUGGAUAUUCGAAGUAG